ACUUCAUGACUUUAUAAAGCUUUUUUUUAAAAAAAAAAAAAAAACACACAACUGCAAUGUCGAAGCCAGCUCUAAAGAAGAGAGACUCUUCAUCCAGCCGUGAGGCUUCAUCUAAAGAACAGUCACCUACUAAAGAGGUCUCCUCACUCGUCUCAGGGGUUUCUGGGAGUUCCUCGGGCGAGCUUUGGACCAGCUCUGUCUCUAUCUGGCCCGAAUGGAACGAGACCGAGGUCAGUGCAGAGAAAUGGGACGCGGCCAAAGGAGCGAAAGACAGCAAGGCAAGGAAAAGCCCUCUCAGUCAAUUCUUUGAAGACCCAGAAGGGAAGGUUAAGAUCCCAGCGGCUUUGAAUGUUCACACCUGGAAACGGCCCUUGGAGCACAUUGUUGACAAGGCUCCAGUUGUUGUCGAAAACGAUUCAACGUUUGAUCUCACUUCAGCCAAUGAGCAUUUGCUGUCCAGUGAACUCAUGCGCUGGUUCAUCAGCGAGAUCUACAUCGUGUGGCAAGUGUGCAACAGACAAGCAGGCGAGGACAACCCCCUCUCUGAGGAUGCCACCUCCAGCCCCUGGAGACCCUGGGAACACAUCUACUCCCUGUGUAAAGCUGCAAAGGACCAUGUGCCUCUUUACAACGUCUACGGGAAAUAUGUGGUUCGGCUCUACUGGAUGGGCUGCUGGAGGAAGAUCACUAUUGAUGAUUUGUUGCCAUUUGAUGAAAAAAACAAUCUGCUGCUCCCAGCUACCACCAACCAGUCAGAGCUCUGGCCUAUGCUGCUGGCUAAGGCUGUACUGAAGUUGGCCAGUACAGAAGUGGUGCAGAAUACCAGCCGAGAGCUAGAAGAUUUCAGCAUCGUCCGCUGUCUGACAGGCUGGAUCCCCGAGAUUCUCCCCCUUAAUCCCAGGUUGAAAUAUGUAGAAGAAACAUGGGAAUACCUGAAAAACGCCAUUCCUAAGUUUCAGGAGACGGAGGAAAGCUCAGAGGAGAGAAGUCCAUCAGUGGACUCCAGUGCCACCAGGGACUCACCAAGUGAGUCACCUUCCCCAAACAAUGGAAAACAAGAAGGCAGUGGACCUCCUCCUGCUCCUCAGAUAGUGGUGUGUGCCAGUUUCCAGCCAUUGAACCUGCAGGAGAAGAAGACCUCCAUGCUGAGCCAGAUGGCAGACGCAUCACAGACACUGCGACAAUACGGGCUCUGUCAGCUCUCCAGCCACUCGGUACUGCUGACGCGUACCAGGGACUGCCCCCUGGUGGAUGUUUUGAAACCACCCCCCGUGCUUCAUUCGAAACUCAUCCGGACUCCAAAUGAAAUUAAUAUUACAGACGAGCCCAGAAAGGUCCCAGUCGAGAGGCCUGAGCAGUAUGUAAGAGUGGCCAGUCCUUUCAUCAGCUUCAAGCUUGCAUCUCUUAAAAUUGAUUCAAAGACGGUUUCAAAGCCAGUUGGCCAAAGAUGGCACGCAUGUACCUCUAAUCUUGCUUCAUUCUUGGAGGCAGAAGAGAAUGAGGGUCUCGACCCCGUUCAGCACGACGUCACUCACAACAACCACGACUCGCUGGAUGCCACAGAUACUGAGGGAACAGCGGAGGACAAGAGGAAGGACGAAAGCGUUGCUAAUGAUGCUGAUGUGACAGAUUCCUCCUUGGUUCCUGAGAAGGAAACCACACCAGGCCAGGGAGUGCAUUCGCAGGAGAAGGCCAUGCUUCAAGAAACAUGGGUCCACAUGCAAGACUUCACCAAGUGCUUCCAGACGUUGCUGGUUUUUCACAAGGACACCAGCUACCAUUACCAGUUUCAGAAGUCACAGUUUAAGGCACAAGAUGAGAAGGUCCGUUACUUCCUGUCUGUAGAUAGCCUGCUGCCUACAGAGAUUCUCAUCUGUUUCUCAGCACUGAUGCACUGGGGAGAUAGCAGUCAUGAGCAAAAGGAUUGCGUGCCCAGGCCUGGUCAUCUGGGUGUAGAACCUUUUUCCUGGAAGAGCAUCCAGGCUCAGUUUCCCCUGCUGACCAUCAACACCUCGUCUUGCAAAGCGGCUGUUCUUUCCCUGCCACCAGGGCGUCAUGUUCUUCGCAUGCACACGCGGGUGCAGUUCGGUGUCCACGUGCAGCUCUACAGCAAGACGGCUUUCGUAUUUGGAGAAGAAGAGGAAGUGAUGCCACACCUAGAAAAGGAGAGUCUGAGGUUCUGUGAGCAGGCGCUGUUGAUUCUCAGAGCUCUAGGUGGAAUGGUCAGAUCCUUCUCGAACCCAAACGAACUCCCAUCAGCCGCCAGGACAGUGGAGGAGGCUGUCCGCCCUCCGUCACUCAGCAAAAUAGCAGUCAGGGAGCACUGGAGGGUCUUUAGUCAUGCGGUAUAUCACAUGUUUUGCUGUGUUCUGGGAAGAAAGUUGACGUCCGAGGAACUGUUUGCAGUGCAGACCCUGACUAGAGACGCCACACCUCACUCCAGCAACACAAAGGACACAACACAUGGUGUUCCAGAGGGCUGGAGCAGUAGGCAAGCCACAGAACAAGAAAAACAGGCAGCAACAAUUUUGCAGGCUGGAUGGAAGGGCUACCUGGUGAGAGAAAUUCUCAAUGCUGCAAGACCAGGCUCUGAGGAGAAUCAGAAAGUUGCCAAGACUCUGUUGGAGAUGUGGGCUUCGGUGGAAUCGGACAUAGAGACGCACGCUGUGUCUUUAUUGAGGUGCAUGAUCACGAACAACGAGCAGCUAGUGGACCUGUACCCAUGUGGUGGAGAUGAGUGGACUAAAAUUACCUUCACUGAUUACUCUGUCCCUGUCCAUGAGACAACCAGCUCCUGGGUCCUGCUUUUUAGGGAGGUCUUCCAUGUUCCAAAAGCCAUAUUACUUGUGCCUAAGAUCUACUCACCAUUUCGGUGUCACCUUUGUGUCGUCAACAACGACACUGGGGAGGAAGUACCUAAAUUCUUCAACAGUGUAUUGCCGUUUACAUACACACCAAAUAAGGCUGGCUACACAUUUGUGGCGUACACUGGAGAAACGUCUGUAGGAGGAGGGACGUGGCGACUGCGUCUGAUCGGUUCCAGAGAACUGGCCCAGCUGGCAAGAGAAGGACCAGCAAGCAACUUCUCAGUGAAGGAGUUCAAAGAUUACUACUUACCGAACAAGAAGAACAUUAUCUGCAGGCAUGCAGUCAAAGUCUCAUGUGCUCACGUUGCCACGGUGCAAUUCCAGACUUCAAAGGAGGAUGUCUGUAUUAAACUCAGCAUCCUGGACCAUGAGAGAGAGGUGGCCAGCAAGACAGGCCAAGGAAACGUUGUUAUCCCUGUGUACUGCUUUUCAGCCAGUGACGGUUCCUGCGGCAGUGCCGUGGAGAAGGCGGGGGUGAGUCAGUCUCAGGACGGCCCUGGCGGGGGUCACGAAGGAGGCAGAGGAGCCUCUGAGUGCCAGCCUGCCCAAACGCAUCAUAAAUACAUUGUUCAAGCAGAGGUGCUUUACAACAGCUGGCCUUUGGAUGACUCACUGUCAGAAUUCAUCCAAACAUUAAGAGAUAGGGAGAGCACCGAGAUGAGAGUGUUCAGACAUCUGAUCGAGGAUACACCUGCAAAUGUGGAACAAACGAGCAGCGAGGCACAGAAACUGUCCACAUCCAAAGCCGCAAAGACCAAAGAGAAGGAAAAGGAGAAAGAUAAACCCACAACCAAGGCAGGGUCCAAGAUGGAACAAAGUGUGGAUGAGAGUAAGCCCCAUUGGACGCUGCGUGUGGUCAGUGAGCAGUCAGAGCUGGAACAGAUUGAGGUGAAAAAGGACACAGAGAGACUGGAGCAAAUUAAGGCAAUGAAGCUGGCCUGGGAAGCUGCAGAGCCUGGCAGGGCAGCUAAGGCUUUCCACACCCGGCAGCAGUACCUGAAAAAACUGAGGACGCUCGGAGAAGACUACACGUUGGACCUCACACCUUUCAUCAGGAGGACCAGCAGGCCAGAGCGUCUAAAGGAUGCAGUGAUGGAGGAGGAACAGCAGAGGGAGCGAUUGGAGAAGAUCCAGAGCUUUCGGCUGUAUCGGGAGACCGUGCUGGACCGCCGUAGACAGGAGCAAGAGCAGACCAAGCAGCUGAUAAAGGAGCAGCGAGAGCUGUUUGAAAGAAUUCAGGAGGAGAAAGCUGAGCUGCUCCGGACGUUCGAUCAGACUCGAGAGGUGAUUCGAAUCUGGAAGCUGGGGGAGCAGUCUCAAAAGAGAGGAGUCUAAAAAGAGAGAAGAGGAGUCUGAGAAGAGAGAAGAGGAGUCUAAAAAAGAAAGAUGGCAUCUCUAUUCGCUGAACCUUUAAAGAUACAAAACACUGAUAAGAACGCAAUAAAUAUACAUAUAUGGGACACAUGGAAAAAACAAACCCACAACAAGAACCAAAACAUAUCUUGGAGGACUUCCUCACAUUAAUUUACUUCUUUAGAUGCAUAUGGAGCUGCUCCGAGACGUGUGAUCUACCACUGAGAUAUUCUUCUGUAGUGGGAGGUGGUUGUUCAUUUGAACAGGAUUUAAUAUGAGUUUUAUUUUUAACAGACUGUGUGAUUACAGAGUGUCUUCAGACAAUGAGUCACCCUGUGCUUCGGAUAUUAUUAUGAUUCAGGGCUUAAUAUUAAAAAAAAAAAAAAACUUGAGGAUGACAUUUCCAUCAUUUACUUUGCAUAUGCAUUGUGUGUGUUUAUAUUGUCACGUGUGUCUGUGCAUGCAGGAAAAUGUGUGUUUACUGUAUGCAGUAUUAGUUUGUGCAUGCCUGUAUUAGUGUGUGCAUGCGCGUGGGGGCGUAGCUGCAUGAUUGUGAUGUAGAAACUGUAGAAACUAAGUUAAUACCUCACCUUGCUGACUGUUGUAGGUGGUUAAAGCUGAGCUUAAGGUUUAAUCAGGCUUCAGAGGCUUUCCCAUUCCAGCAGCUGGAGUCUCGGAAGAGAGAGGAAGCUGUCCAGCAGGUGAUGAUAAUGUCUAAUCAAAGAGCUUUUAAUUAUUAUUAUAUUAUUUGUGUAAGAAGAGAGAAUUAAAAAAAAAAUAGAUGGAAUUAUACAACAUCUUAAGAACCAUGUGACCCAAUACCUUGGGUUUUUGUAGAAGCUGUGUACGUAUUCAUAUAUAUAUUUUUUUUAAUUAAAGAUGAAUUCCAGAAUGAGGUAGAGUCUAUGAAAAAAAAAAGAGUCUGAUAUAAAGGUAAACGAAUCAAGUGUUGGGAAAAAAAACAGCUGGAAUAGAGGUUAAGAGGUUGGAAACACAUAAAAGUAGGUUAUCCAUCUAAAAGGACAACUUCCGCUCUGCGCCAUUCCUGCCUUUACCUGCCUUUAUAGAGGUUCAGUGGCCAGCACAAAAAAGAAAUGACUCAAGGGACAUCUCUGUGGAGUAGACUGAUGAAGGGGGAAAUAGUCUGAACAGGUAUUAUUUGUCCUUGCUGCAGCUAAGAGUGAAGCGUGCAGUAGCUUAACCCACAAAAUAAGACCGAAUUUCCCUGAAGUAUAGAAAAGAUGUUCGUAUUCUACAACCUUAGGACUAAAAUGGUUGUAAAUAGUACUGAAUAGACACCUUAAGUUAAGAAAGGUGCCUUUUCAAAAAAUCCUGCAGGAGAAAUAAGUAUUGCUAGCACCGUUCCUUAGCACAAAGCAAGCAAUUUGAUUAAAAGUUUGAAAUCAACAUGUAAUAAACUAACUGGAUGAUAUAAUGAACA